AUGUUUGUUCAACCAUCAAUUGCUCCCAAGAAACAGUCAACUCGCUCAUCGUCAACGACAGACGUAAAAGGUAAAGGGAGCUGUUCCAUGCACACUCGAUCAUCAUCCCGAAUAACACGCUCGUCCUCAUCAUCCCGUUGCUCAUCAUCAUCUGUCAAUACACCACAACCUGUCAUGCACUCUUCCUCUGCGUAUGACCACGACAGUGCAAACAACGCCGUCGCCUCAUCCUCCCGCCAUACAUUGCCUCCUAAAGCUAUACCCUCAUCCUCAUUAGCUACUAUCAAUCGAUUACCUCGAUCAAUCAGACGUCGAAUCGGGAGACUCAACAUAUAUUUCCUACUGUUCCUAUGCUAUCCGUCUUUCACCAUUGCCAAUCCUCUUCCGCAGGUCCUGGACGCUCUAUCUCAACGGCGGCAUUCUUCAAGAUCCUCACAAUCUCUCACAGAUCACAAUCAGCCCAUGGCCUCCACUCUUAAGCACGGAGUGUCCGCUUUCACCCAUUUCGCGUCGUUCAUUCUCAACCGUAGAGAUAAUAACACAGAUACCCCGAUAUUAGCUGUAGCAAAGUAUGAUCACGAUGCUCAGGCAUACACUCUGCCGGAGGGGUAUGUAGAAUUGAAUCAACGGUUUAGUCCUGGAUUUAUUGUUCUAUCUUAUGUCAUAGCCUUUGUCGGAUCACUCUGCACUCUCGAACUCCUUGUCCGACGUACGACCAACAGUGGAUGGAGAAAUCAAUUGCUCCUCACAUCAGCGGGUUUCUGUUUUGGAGCGGUAUCAACUUUCGCCAUGCACUUUGUGUUCAAUAACGCCCUUUCGUUGCACCACCCACUGAUGGAUCAAAACAAUUAUCCUGCUCUUUAUCUCAGUUACGACCCCGGAUUUACAGUCCUUUCGCUUGUCGUAUCGUGCCUAGCGAUGACCACUGCCUUCUUCGUUAUGGGAACUCAACUUCGGGAUUGGUUCAUCUUCCCAGGGCAGAAGAAACACAAGUCUCGAAGAAGAAACGGUUCUUCAAAGUUGGAAGCCGAUGAUUAUGGGAAAUGGAAGAAAUCACACAAGAAGGUGAUCAGAAGAGGGACUUUGGGUGUUGGAGCUUUGUUUGCUGAGGCGAGCCAUAUAGCCAAAUGGUCUCUUAUUGAUGUGGAAGCUUCAUCAGGCAGUAAAUCAUCCAUCAAAGAGAAAAUUGAUGGUCUCUCUGGAAAAAGCCCAAAGUGGAAGAACGAGUCUCAUAAAUUGGAUGAUCCUUCGGGACAGAAUCAAGAUAGGACAUCGGAUGAGGAAGAUCUGCAAGAACUUGACUUUCGUUUGGGUAAAGACGCUGUUCGAGCAGAAUUGGAACGUCGCGCAGGCGCAACAACUCCUACAAGCACCAAUGCUUCUCGAUCGUCAUUAUUCAGGUCUCCCGGUUCUCAUACUACACUUCCUGUCAUUUAUGCUCCUUCCUCUCGACGUAAUUCUGUCGCUUCCGGAUAUCCUGAACCCUCACCUGACAUUUUCGCCUCCAAUUUCAACUUCCCUCCGCGCGUCGAAGCGGAUCCCGUUCAGACUAGCUCAUCCUCCUUUCUCCCUCAUCAACCUGUCAGAAGUUCCUCUCCCACUUACGACGAAUCUCCGGCACCGAUGUUUCAACCAGAACGGCGGCGAGCUUCCCUUCCUGCCAAUGUUCUGAUACCUCAUCGCGAACGGCAAUCGUAUAGCGGACCUUCAAUGACACUUGCGCGUAUCCAGUCACUCCCGGAAGGGGACUUCGAUCCGUCCACUACAUCUCAAGGUUCAAUCAUUUCGACUGAGGAGAAAAAGGCAGACACAACUCCUGGCACUUCUGUUAGCGCUCGUAUCAGCUCCUUUGCGUCAAAGAACGAUGCCACAUCAGAGCGUAGCACGAGAAAAGUCAGAUUAGUGGCAACUAGUACCAGAUGGACAAGGCUCGGCAUGUUUUUGGGUUUUGAUGUCGUCACACCAACCGAUAUUCUGAAGAUCUUUAUCACCGGCACUAUUGCGGGCCUUGGUGUUGUGGGAAUGCACUACAUUGGUCAAGCUUCUAUCACUGGUUUGCCCUAUAUAGCGUAUAUGCCGGGUUAUGUUGUCGGUUCCAUCAUCAUCGCCUGCGGUGCUGUCAUAAUCGCUCUCUAUAUCAUGUUCAUCAUGCUCCGACCGAAACUCAAACAUACUUGGCUAUCCAAGAUCUGUGUUGCCCUCAUUCUAGCCGUCGCGGUUACAUGCAUGCAUUUCUGCGGUAUGAUGGGUACAACUUAUGGCUGGCCAGUUACCAGAGGCAUCAGUCAACACAACAAGUUGACUGGCACCAACGUCGUCAUCACCGGUAUCGUCUCAGCUUUAGCUUUCUCGGCUUGCAUCGCAUGUGCAGUAUUCUUCGUGCUUCAUUCGUUGAAUCUGAAGCGUGAAAGAGCUCGAAGAAGACGAGUAGUCGUUGCAGCCGUAUUUCUGGACGACAGAGACAGGGUACUCGUCAAUUCGACCGACGGUAUGUUACCGAUGUGUGAUAUCGCUUCUCUCAGCGGAGGAGAUGUACCGGAUGCUAGGAAAUCCUUCAUUCAAUCGGUAUCCAGCGAUUCAACUGUGUUGGGAAUGGACUUGACCACGGGUCACGACGCUUUUGUGUCCGCCCUCAAGCUAUCCUGGACUUGGAAAAAUCCAUCACUGGCAGCCACACACCCAACAGUUCUGACCGAAGGAAGAGUCCAAGCUAGUGAUUCUGUCUUACAAUCUACAUUUGCGGAUAUCAGAAGAGGUUCAAUGGUCACGACCAACACGACUGCUACAGGCAAUAGUAGACCACCCGUCAGCUUGACCAAGUUCUUGGAAAGAUUUACAAUCUCUUCUUGUCAAUUGGCUGUGCGACUGUUGGGUCAAACAGAUGGUAUCUCUCGCUUGGGAGUUCUCUAUGAUCAAAUUUUAACCACCGGCUGGGUCAAACUCGACAAUAGCAAUGAUACCGUUUCCAAGGGACAGCUUAUAUUUUUGGUACGAAGAGUUGCUUCCGCAGCCGAAAGAAUGGAUCUCGAAUCACGGCAUUUCAUCUUUGCAGAUCCCCUAGCAGUCGCUACUGCUUUACACAAGACUCUGUCUGUCCCUUUCGACCACACGAUGCCACUCCUCGAUGAUAUGCGAACAUUCUGCGAUUCUACUCUUCAAAGUCCUUUACAACCUGGCAAAUUGUACGCGGGAGUUGCAGUAGUUCAAGCGACUCCCUUUGACGGUCUACGAAUCUUGCUUGAAAAAGAAAUGCGAUCACAAUUACCAAUGAGAGAACUGUGUACUUUAGGUGUACCAUCGCAAGACGACAAUGACUUGAGUGGUACUGUGGAGGAAAUUGGUGAAGCUUUGGCAAUAUUAGAAGGAAUGACAAUCUUAUCGAUAAUGACAAGAAAUAUGACCAACGAUUCGAAUCAAGUUCUCUCAAAGAAAGUAGUCGCACUUUUAGCUGCAUUGGAAAGAGCUAUUGUACCGAUGUUAGAUGAAAAUUUAACAUCGGAGGAUAUGACACAUAUCUUACCUCGACUUACACUUCAUCCCAUGCUUAUCCCUUUAACUCCAGGUGGAUCGAAGCGAAUGAUCAGCAGUUACGUUCCUCCACACGCUAUCAUCUUUUAUGCGACAUACGACGCCGCGGUAAAUACUUUUACCGACAAAUGGCUGCCUUUCUCAUUAUUCAGAGCCCAGAAUGCUUGUGUCAUGGCACCUAAAAUAGCUGCUGCAGCUAAAAUGGAUCAACUUUACACAGGUAGUGAUAAUACUAUCAAUUAUCCAACUGGAAGAAGACCUUCAAGAGUUCAAUUCGAAUUCCCACAAUCAACUUUACCUGCCACAAUGGAGAACGAAACCUCUAUACCAACACAUGUUGGUGCUGGUGGUGUGUCAACAGAAGAAUCAAAUGAGAUGUUUAGCGAUUUCACUUUCCCUCCUAAAUCAGCAGAUUCUAAUACCAGUCCAACCAAAGCUCAGAAUGGUAAACCGACUUCCAUCAUCAACGGAAAUGGAGUUGCAGCUGGAGCUGGGAUUGGAAUUGGAGCUAGAAAGUCUUCCCUUGCAAGAUCAAGAUUUGGCUCAACAGGUGGUGAAAGUAGCUCACCUUCUGCAUACGGUGAUAGAGACACGGUACCUUUCAAAACUGCUUCACUAGGUGUUGCUGUAUGGGAACCUGAAUGGUUAUUACAUCUUCUCAGAUCGAAGUUAAGAGCAGAUGCGUAG